CACAGUUUCCGAACUCCCUGUGAACUGAACUUUACGAGUUGCCCCGCCCACUCAGUUGAAACGCGUAUUGACUGUUUGCAAGCAUGGCUUCUUCAGCUAAGAAAAGAGCAGUAGGUUUGGGCAAAAACCCCGAGGAAAGUGAAAACAGCUCCGAUGAGAAUCCGGAGGGGGAUGGUGAUUCCGGGGAGGAGGACAGCGAGGCAUCCGAGGAGGAGAUCAAUGAGGAGGUCAUGGUUGACUUUGAAGCCCACGCCAUCUCAAGCAACGACUUCGAUGGCGUCAAGAGACUCUUACAUCAGCUCUUCCUGAAGGCUCAUGUAAAUACUUCAGAGAUGACGGACCUCAUCAUUCAACAGAAUCAUCUUGGAAGUGUCAUCAAGCAAGCUGAGGUGCCAGAAGACAGCGAUGAUGACGACCCCGAUGAAGUAUUUGGCUUCAUCACUAUGCUCAACCUGACGGAGAGAAAGGAUGUGCAAUGUGUGGAGGAGUUGAAGGAGCUGAUCAUGGAUCAGUGUGAGAAGAACUCUACCAACAGUGUGACGGAACAGCUGGAGCAGUUCCUCAAUGACGCCAGCAAGCCUGUAGGGCUGCUGCUGAGCGAGCGCUUCAUCAACGUGCCCCCACAGAUCGCCCUCCCACUGCACAAACAGCUCCAGGAAGAAAUAGCUGAAGCUCAGAGGACGAAUAUGCCCAGUGGGAAGUGUCACUAUUGUCUGAUGAUCAGCAAGACCUGCAAAGAGGCAAACAGGAGUAUUCCAGCCAGAGGAGGAGCUCCCAAAGAUGAACACUUGUUUGUCAAUGCAGAGGAGGAAUUCUUCUAUGAGCAAGCCAUCCUGAAGUUCAACUACUCGGUCCAGGAAGACGCAGACACCUGUCUGAGCGGCCGGUGGUCGUUCGACGAUGCGCCCAUGAAACCCUUCAGGACCGUGAUGCUGAUACCAGCAGACAGAAUGCCUGCUAUUAUGACCAAACUCAAAGAAUACCUAACUGUGUGAACCGAACCAAUAAACUAUGACAGCUGUGCAAACUGAAGACCUUCAGGCUCAUGGGAAUGGUUCAAUAUACUCUUUAAGAGACUGUAGAAGAAAAUAUUUUGGUACCAUCAGCUACAGUAGUGCCAGUAUUAUAAACCUGACCUUUAGUACAUGCUGUGCAGUGACGGCUCCUUUUUUUUUUUUUUUUUGAAAAGCAAUUUUAGAGAUGCAGUUUUUACAAAUUCCUGGUUCACUUUAAUAUACCCUGCUCAUACUGCAGAAACAUACAAUUGUAUCUUGUGAAUACAGCAAGGUCUUUUUAGGACUCGUUUAUAACAAGAUUAUGAACCAAGACAAUUUGAUAUGAGCUUGGAGUCCAGGCUCAGCAGAUGCAUACACCACAUAACUUGGUAGCAAGCCAAUUUUCACACAUUUAAUCUGGAUUUUUUUGACAAAUGGAACAUAUAGAAUAUAAAUUUAAUUUGUGAAAACUUGUGAAUCGUGAAUGGAGUUGCACCAUUCUGAGGAUUUUCUAUGUAAACAUCUCUGUAGAUCUCUCACCAUCUAUGUUUAAUAAAUGCUUUAUAUAUCUA